GGCUGAGGGAAGGUUCUAGAAAGUGUUGAACGGCGGCGGUGGUGGCUGUGUCGAGGAGGCUGUGCAUCACAGCUUGUCUGUUUACUCGUUUUUCUUUAGCUAUAACGCAAUUUUUUAUCGAUAUAACGUUGUUUACGAAGCGCUUGAGUUGAAGUAUAGCAUUUUUAUUUAAAAAUUAUUUUUUCGAGCAGGAUGGAGAAUAGGGAUAAAGAGCAGUAUCGCAAGCUGUUCAUAGGUGGUCUUAGCUUUAAUACAACUGAAGAAAAUUUGAGAGGCCACUUCGAGCAAUGGGGAAAGCUUACAGAUUGUGUGGUCAUGAGGGACCCUCAGACCAAGCGAUCAAGAGGGUUUGGAUUUGUGACAUUUUCUACACCUGAAGAAGUUGAUGAUGCAAUGGCUGCUAGGCCUCAUAAAAUUGAUGGUCGUGUUGUGGAGCCUAAACGAGCAGUUGCAAGAGAAGAAUCUGGGAAACCAGGAGCACACCUGACUGUGAAGAAAUUGUUUGUUGGUGGAAUAAAAGAUGACACUGAUGAACAUCACCUCAGAGCAUACUUCAAGAACUAUGGAAAAAUUGAAAGCAUUGAAGUAAUAACAGACCGCCAAAGUGGAAAAAAGAGAGGUUUUGCAUUUGUAUCUUUUGAUGACCAUGAUCCAGUGGACAAAGUAGUCCUUCAAAAGUAUCAUUACGUUAAUGGACAUAAUGCCGAAGUAAGAAAAGCUUUGUCCCGUCAAGAAAUAAUGGAGGCACAAAGUAGCAGGUCAGGACGAGGAGGUGGUGGCUUCAGAGGUGACUCCCGUGGAGGUGGCAAUUUUCCUAUGGGACGUGGAGGCAACUUUGGAGGUGGCCCAAAUGGAUUUGGUGGUGGCCGUGGUUUUGGUGAUGGCCCUGGUUUCAAUGGCUAUGGUGGAGGUGGCGGUAACUUUGGAGGUCCUGGAUUUGGUGGAGGUCCUGGAUUUGGUGGAGGUCCUGGAUUUGGUGGAGGAUUUGGCAACCAUGGUGGUGGCUAUGACGGAGGUGGAAAUUAUGGUGGAAAUUUUGGAGGAGGUGGGAACUACAAUGAUUUUGGGAACUACCAUCAUCAGAACUCUAAUUUUGGACCAAUGAAAGGUGGAAACUAUGGAGGAAGAAAUAUGGGUGGACCAUAUGGAGGGAACUAUGGUGGUGGAUUUGGUGGACGUAACAGAUAUUAAUUCAACAAAACCCAUUCCAAGGGCAUCACUAUAUAAAUAGGGGAGGAUGAGAGCCCAGAGUUUACAGGACAGCUGCAGGUUAUUCUCUCAGCAAAAUUUUAAGGAAAAAAUUAUCUCAGCGGAACAUAAGUCAGUGAGAUGACGGAAGACUCCAGAGCACAGGCAGAGAAAACCAUUUUGUCAAUUCUUGGGAUUGUUUAAUUGAGCGGACUCUUGAUGUGGAGAAAGGACUGUAAAGAUGCCUUGGAGACAGAUUUCUAGUUUUUUAAAAAAAAUUUCUUUGCUGUAGUAUCUUUAUAGUGUUCUUCAUAAGUUGCGAUGUGGAAUUGUUAUGAGUUUGAGGGGAUUUUUUGACAUUUUAAAUAUUCCUAGAUGCACUGAGAAUUUUGAGAGCUAUGAACCAGGAUCAUGGAGUUAUAAUAUUCAGCCUUUCUAUGUUAAAUAUCUGCAGUGUGUAGAGUUUGGAAAAUGUUGUAUGUCCACAGUAACUUUAAUAAAAUCCCAAAAAAAAAAGAAAAGGGGGUGUGUAAUUGUUUUCUUAGGUAGAUUUGUUAUGGGUGGGUAAAAUGUUCAGUCUUUGACACAGCUAGGGAAAUGCAAGGACUACUAAUCAGACAAAAAGUGCAGAGAUGAAUCGUCAAGUCCGCAAUUUUAAAAACUGCUAGAACUGAGAGUGGUUUCUGCAAGAAUCAAAGAUCUUUAGAUCCUGUAGAUACAGCAGCUACUUCAUCGGCCAGGAAAGGCGUGAUCCGACGUUAAACAGCAAGUGGUUUACACUUUCAAGAAAACAGGUCUAGCACAAGAAGUCUGGACAAAGAAGCCUAAUAUCAGCCAGCACUCUUAAAGUGAGUGGUAUUCAUGCAACAAAAGCUUUAACUGCAGUAAAUUUAAAGAGGAGGCCAACGAAAACAGAUGUGUCUUGUAGAGCAGAAUAGAGCUAAGCAUCAGUUAAACCUCAUCUUGUAGGUAAGAUAUUAUUUAAUUGUCUUUUACUUCACAGAAGUGAAGAGGUGGUCAAUACAAUAAAAGCUCAAAGCAAUGUAGUGGAUUGUUUCUUUUUAUAUUUUCAGUAUGUUCUUUGGUAUCAUCUUUGGUUUGUAGGAAUUUAUAUAUACCUGAUUCCUUUUGUGCAAGAUUAAAACUGACACAAAACUAAAAACUUAUAGUUCCUUUGUGCCUAACUAUUUACCUUUUCUGUGCUAUUUAAGGUUGUAGUAUCUGAAGUUGAUUGGGUGUUGAUUGUCCAUUGGAUCUUAAACUGAGAGCUGCCAGACUUCAUUCCACAUGUGAUCAGAACCAUCCUCAGCCAGCAUCUGACCUCUAUCAACUGGUCUGAGCUGCACUGAAACUGAAAUCACAGUGGAGAAGGCAGUGAUCUAAGCUAUAAGCUACCUGAUCAGUUUUGUUCUCUACAGAAAUAGGUAAGUGUACAGAACGCUGAGCAAUAUGUGGUGAUUUGAAUGUAGCGUUCAGAGUGACCAGUGAAUUUAUAAAAAUAUUAGAUUGCACUAAAGGGGUUUGGCAUGUCAGCAUCGGAAACAUCUAAUUAAUACUUGUCAAUUUAAUGAAACUAAAUUGGAAAAUUACUAACAAGGCAAAUAUAUGAAAAAGACUUUGUCAUAAAAAUAUUGCUUUUUUAAAACUUAACUCUUGAUAUAUAUGGCUCCUGCUUAAGCAAAUUUUAGUUCAUGUUUAUUUUCAAAAUUCAGAUUUUCUUAACUUGGAUAAAUUCAUGUUUUUUUGCUCCAUUAGCCCAGGUGUCAAGCCGCCACUAUUUCACAUCAUUGACUAAAUAAUUGAACGUCUAUGUCCAGCUGUUUUCAGCAGUAGAUUCCCAUCUAGAAUCUGGCUAGCACUAGUUAUAUUCUGUGCAAAUUCUGCAUUUAACAAUGUAUGUCUGAUUGAGGUUAGCUCUAAAUACUUAAGAGAUUUAAUAAAACUUAAGCAGAUCAGAAAAUAAAUUAUGCAAUACCCUAAUUCACUCGAAAACCAUACAGUUCAGUUAAGUCUACAGCCCCCAAGUUUGCUUUAUUGCUGGCAAAAGUGCUAAAGUAUUUCAGGGUUCAGUGCUACUUGUCAUUUUGCAUUUUGCAUUUUGAGUAAUGUUGGCUCCUGGAAAAAUUUCCUCCAGCAAAGGUCAAGUAUUUAGUUUCCAAACCACUGCUCCUUUUCACUAAUAUGUUCUUUUACAGAAGUAGGUGUCCUUUUUAUCUACUUUCCUGCUUCGAACUGCCAGGCUUCUAUGUUCUCUAUAUGAGUCUAGCAGAUGGGUACCUAGAAAUGAGGCUUUGAGAUACAAAAUAUAUGUGAGGAUUUGUAAGUAAUCUGAUUUAAUAAAUUGAUUCAAUUAGAACUUCUAGUUUUACUGGUCACUUUCUAGGUAUUUAAAAGUUGUAAUUAUAGGAAAUGCAGUAAUGUGCAGAGGCGGUCUAAGCUACUAAAUGGGCUUUUGAGGCAAAUGCCUUGUCUUCUAAGUAGUGAUUUUGUAACCAGGGUAUUUUGCAAUCAUAAAGAUAGAGGUCUGUAGGAUAGUGAUUUCAUGAGGUUUAUAAGUAUCUUUGAAACUUGUUGCACCUCAUUUCUUGUUUCAUAGGCCCUUUGAUAAGCUGUUUGAUAUCACUGGGAGACGGUGUUGUAGUAACGUCACCGAGCUAGUAAUCUAGAACUGUGGUUAAAGUUUUGCGGAAAUGGGUUUGGAAAGCAGAUGAAGAAGUUUGAAUUUAAUGCAAAUCUGAAAAAGCCAUUGGUGAAUGAAGCCAUCGUUGGUUGUUUAAAAACCCAUCUGGUUGACGGAUUUCCUUCCUUGAAGGACGUUAAUGUCAUCCUGGCCUACAUGUGACUCCAGACACACAAUAGUGUGGCUGAGUUAAUUUAAUGGGCAAUGAAUGUUUAGCCAGCAACGCUCAUGUGUUGUGAACAAAUUUUUUUUUAAAAAGCUGGGGAUGAAGAGGAAGUGGGGAUGUGGAGUAAUCAGAUCUGCCAUGAUCUGAUUAAAUAGUGAGGCAGGCUAAAGGGGCUGAAUGACCUACUCCUAAUUUAUAUGUUUGUAUGUUUCAUAGGUUAUGUUGGGUUACAAAGCCUUAUGAAGUGGAAGUAUGAUUUUUAUGCAUUCAAGUUUGAUAGUUGCACCGUGAGAAUUAGCUGCUGACUUCAGGAGAACACAUAUUGUAUAAUGGAUUGAGCUGUAAAGCAUACUUGUUUGGAUUGUGGGUGUGAAUAGAUUUAGACAAAGAUGUAAGAGUAUUCUUUACUGCCUUAUUUUCUACCUUAGACAAGGUAUUGAUGAUCCUAGCUAGCUUGGUGAAGAACGGGCUAGGUUCUUGAUGAUCUUGUUAACCAGUAGUCCCUGUUGGUCGUGUUGCAGUAUUGGCUAUUGGAGUAAAAGAGACACAGGUCUGAUUAGGAUAGUUUCUGUUUUAAUCCCCAUGAAGAACAUUAAUAUCAGGAAUAAUUGUCAGCAUCAGCUCCAUUUGCCAACCUGAUUUCCCUGUAUUUCACUGUUCUGAGUAUCCAAAAGCCAAGCAGUCUCAGUCUUCACCAUAAUAACUGAACAUCCACAUUCUUCUGGUUGGUGAAUUCCUAAGAUUCACAACCCUUCUGGUAGAAGAAGUUUCUCCUAGUGUUUGUUAUCCAAGUUUUGCGCAUGAGGAAUGGUUGCUUGUGAGAAAAUCCAUGUUUUAAUAUGUUGGUGUUCUGAAAUUGCUUAAUCUCUGUUCAGUUCUGUGAAAUGUGAAACUUAACAUUUGGAUUGUGAUAAUAUUUUUCUCCCUUUCCAGGAGCUGAUACGGAAUUCAAUGGAUUGUGGAUGUUUUUGACAAGGAUGCUGAGUUCAGUAAAUUGAUAGCUUUUCAUUCAUGACAGGUUUAAAAGAUAGCUUUGACCAGAGCUCCAGUUUACUUAAUGCUAAAACCCAAAAGAUAUUUCAGUUCACUCACCGUUUUAGCUCCUCGUUUAUUAACUGCUACUUUUGGAGUCUGUUUGGAUGAAAAUGACCAGAAUUCAUUAUAACCUGAUGAAGAAAGCAGUUUGGAAAUAGCUUGUUUAGUUUCAAAAGUAUAGUAAGUGUUGAGGGUCGAAAGGUAAAUUUAGAAAUAAGAUCAGGAAGUCUUCAAAGCAGACAAUAUUUCAAAUGGGCUCAACUCCUGGAUAGAGUAGUUGUGACAACAGCCUCAAAUCAUUCAAGAGCCAGUUGAAUGCCACUAGUCUGCUUUGGUGUGCAAUUUACAUAUAACCUACUUAUAGUUGCAGUGAGUUGUGUGAAUAUGAACCCAGGGAGAACCUCAGUUAAGUAAAAUAAAUUUAUUACAAAGUGAGUUUAAAUUUUUCUGCUGCAGUCUUCCUCAAAUGUCUAAUUGCAGCAACAGAAGGUUUGAAGUUCGAUAUGGAAUUGAGAACUAUUUUUAAGGAAAAUUAAAUGAUGGAUAUGCAAUAUUAUUGCUAAAGGACUCAAUGGACAGUGGUGGUUUUAAAAAGAACUCGACUCUGCUCUCACGUUGGUGUAAUAAACCACCUGUUGCAGAUUA